AGGAACACAUUUACGAUUUUGACGUUUAGAGUAAUACAUUUUGGAACAGUCGGAGAAACUCGAAAGCUAAGCAAUUAUCAUAAUUGUACCAGGUACAUUAUAGAUAUAUUCGAUUAUGUUUUGUUACUCUCCGAAAUGACAUUUUAUGCACGUCUACAGUAUCUGCUUUGACGGCAUCAUCAUUUUGUUUUACGUAAAUAUAUAACAACGAGGUAGUUUGUAAAGACCAUUAAGAAAAUCUCGGUCUUCAGCACAUGUGUGGUAUUGGUUAUUUUAUCCAGUGCACUUAAAAUGUCAUCCUCAAUGAUAGUCCCUGUAAUAGAUGUGCAGGGAAACAAUUUUAAGGAGUUAUGGGCAGCAAUGGUGUUAGCCAUUAAAACAUCUUCAUUCAUCGCCAUUGAUACGGAACUGAGUGGUCUUGGAUCAAGGAAAGCUCUUCUGGCUGAAUGCAUUGAAGAAAGAUACAAAGCCAUAUGCCAUGCAGCCCGCACACGUUCAAUACUUUCAUUGGGGUUUGCUUGUUAUAAAGAGCUUGACAACAAAGCUGGCAGCACAUACCUGGUCCAGAUUUACAAUCUAACCUUGCUUUGCUCAGAGGAAUACAUCAUUGAACCUCAGUCAGUGAAGUUCCUUGUGCAACAUGGAUUUGACUUCAACAAACAAUAUGCUGAAGGCAUUUCUUAUUAUAAGGGUAAUGAUAAAGGAGGUGAUGCCCAUGGGAUAAACAUGCGGACCUUGUUCUUAGAACUGCUUCGGACCAACAAGCCCUUGGUGGUCCAUAAUGGGCUGAUAGACAUGGUCUUCUUGUACCAGUGCUUCUAUGCCCAUUUACCUGAGCGACUGGGCACCUUCACUGCCGAUCUGUCCCAGAUGUUUCCCUCAGGCAUCUAUGACACUAAGUAUGCAACAGAGUAUGAGCUGCGGUUUACAGCCUCAUACCUGGAAUAUGCCUAUAAGAAGUGUAAGCUGCAAAAUAGCAGAGACAUUGAAGGCGGUGGUAAUGGGAGUCGUGUGUUCCUAGAGUUUUGUAAAUAUACAGGCAACAUGGAGAGCUACAUCGACUACAGGCCUUGCUUGGACAACCAGAAUCAGGAUGAAGCCCUCAACAUCUGUGUUCAGUUCUCUGCCUAUGGAUGGUGUCCUAAUGGCUCUCAGUGCACCAUGUCACAUGACACAGACCUUAUAAUCCAGCAUGAUGAGAAGAUCAAAGAAGACAAGAGGAAGAAGAGGAAGCGCAAGAACAAAAAGAAAGAUUCUAAAGGGGCCUCUGAGUCAUGCAGUUCCCCACAGGGGAAAAGAUCACACUUUGAAGAAGCUGAGCUGGACCAGGCAGUGCCCAUGUCUGAACCAGCACUCCCUGAAAAUCAGGAGAAGACUGCGAGAGCUGAGCCAACAGAUGCCACACAUGCGUUUGAACCUGGGGAAACCGCCAGCAAGAACGGAAAUGAGGAAUCUCAGCCAGAAGCACCUGCUGAAGCUCCUGAUAGACCAAAAGAGAAGAAAGUCGAAGGAGGAACUCACCGAGCAGGAUUCGACGCUUUCAUGACUGGGUAUAUUUUUGCUUAUGCCAGAAAUCUGACAAAAAACACAGAAUCCAGCACUGCUCCUCUCGUUCUUCCCACAUGUCUCAAUAAACUGUUCCUCAGUGGCAAGUCUGUUCCUCUACAUGUAGCCAAAAGCACCUUCUCAAAGUCUUCAAAGGCUCAUGUGCACAAGAUGGACUAUGUCUGGGGAAAAAGCACUGCUGUAAAAGUUGAAGGAAAUGCAUAGAAACCUUUGAUUAAGAUUUCAAUUUAUGUACAUUUUUGGAC